AUGGGUAUUUUUUAAAAACAAAUUUAGAGAGUGAAAUUUAACUGCACUACCUAUAAUCACUAAGGGAUUUGAUUUUAGUUAUUAACUUUACUCAAAGAGAAAGAGAACAUUAUUGCUUGCAUACAAUCACCACCUGUUUUUGUAGACAGGAGGAAAAGUGCUCAAAAUUAACAUAGAUAAAUCUAAUACAUCUAAACUUUCAAACCUUAAUAUUUAGAGGGUAACUUUAUCAAAAAAGAAAAACAUUUUAAAGAAGUAAUUGA